AUGGAAAACAAUCUUCCGGUGAUAUCCAAAAGGCUCUGGAAAUUGGUACGCGUCGCUUAUUUCCUCCUCCGUAAAGGCAUCUCCAAGAGCAAGCUCAUUCUCGACCUCAAUCUCAUGAUGAAGCGCGGCAAAAUCGCCGGAAAAGCCAUUACAAAUCUCAUGUUCCACCACCACUAUCACGGCGGCGCCACUCCUUCCUCCUCCGCUGAUCAACUCCCUAUCGCCGUUGGUCCCGAUGAUUACGAAUUCAACUGCAGCGAUAGUCCCGCUUUCCCUUCUCUCCACUUCCCUGCCUUCCACAAACGCCGUCGUAACCAAAACCACACCUCCUCCUUCUUCGCGUGUGCUCACGCUCCUCCAACACUUGACGAUGACGCUGCUGCCGUUAAUGCCGUUAAGGCUGCUGUCGAGAUUUUUAACUUCCACAGCGGCGCGUCGUCUCCCUCCCUUGUCUUAGGGCGCGUCCGCCAGCUAAGGAUAACGGACUCUCCGUUCCCUCUACAUGACGCCAACGCUGAUUCAUCGGUUGAUAAAGCCGCCGAUGAAUAUAUCAGCAGGUUUUACAAGGAGCUUAGGCUUCAACCCACGGCCGACGAGAACUGA